AUGACUCGUAUAAAGAAAGAAUCUACUGAGGUGAAACAAAAACAACAAAGAUCCAUAUUAGAUUUUACCACUCAAAAACAGCAACAGCAACAGCAACAGCAACAGCAACAACAAGCUAACAAAUCAUCAGAAGUUGUAAGUAUCAAAUCAGAAACUAGAACUUCUACUACCACCACCACCACCACCACCAGUAUUGAAGAUACAUCAAUAGUGUAUUGUCCAAUAUGUAAUGAAGGAAUAACUCAUUUAGAUUUACGUGAACGAACAGAUCAUGUUGAUACAUGUUUAGUACGCGUCACUUUUGUUGAAAAUACUGCCACCAGAACCACCACAAAUACUACAACUAGUAAAAUGAUGGAAAUGAAAUCACAAGAUAGUAUUCUGACGGCAAUUAUGAUGCCAAAACAAGAAAAUAAUCAAUUAUUUAGUUCCACUGAAAAAAAAGAGACUUCAAUUAAAAAGAAACGGAAAAUUGAUAUUGACAAUAAACUGAAAUAUAUCAAUACUACUACUAGUACUACUACUACUACUACUACUAUGAAUCAGCCAAAAGUUAUUAAACCACCAACAAGUAUAAAGCAUGUUAAAAAGAAACCAAUUCCAUCACUUAAAAUCAUGACAUUCCCCAUAAUUCAAGACAUCAACAACAACAACAACAACAACAACCAACAAUCUUUCCCAUCUUUGAAAUAUCAAGUAGCAGUUGAUGCAUUUUCUUUUGCACCUCAUGAUACUAUAAAUCAAUAUUUUUUAACUCAUUUCCAUGCUGAUCAUUAUGGUGGGAUUUCAAAAAAAUGGCCUUAUGAAAGAGUAUUUGGUAAUGAAGAUAUUUAUAAUGAAUCAAAUUUAAAUUUAAAUUUAAAUUUUAAUGAUGAUAAAAUAUAUAAAAAAAUUAUUUAUUGUACUAAUAUAACUGGGAAAUUAUUAACUUUAAGAUAUUCUAUAGAUUCUCGAUUUAUUAAACAAUUGGAAUUAAAUAUUAAAUAUAAAAUUAAAAAUUAUAUAUAUAAUGAUUCAAUUAAAAAAGAUUUUGGUUAUAAAACAAAUAAUAAUAAUAAUAAUAAUAAUAAUAAUAAUAUAGAUAUGACACCAGGAUUAUAUGUUACACCUAUAAUGGCAAAUCAUUGUCCUGGAGCAGCAAUGUUUUUUUUUGAAUCAAUUGGAAUUGAUAAAAAAAUAUAUCGAAUAUUACAUUGUGGAGAUUUCCGAGUUAAUAUGGAAAUUUUACAACAUCCAAUUUUAAAACCAUUUAGUUUGAACAAUCAUAAUAAUGAUAGUAAUAAUAAUAAUGGCAAAAAUAAUAAUGGCAAAAAUGAUUUAUCAUUAUAUAUAGAUAAAGUAUAUUUGGAUACUACUUAUAUGUCACCAAAACAUAAUUUACCUAAACAAGAAUUAGUUUGUGAAACAUUAGCUGAUUUAUUUCAUGAUUUAAUUCAACAACAAGAAAAGGAUAAACCAUCAAAUAGUUCCAAUGGUGGUGGUGGUGGUGGUGAAACCAAUGGUGGUGGUGGUGGUGGAACCAAUGGUGAUAAUUUAUUUUCAAAUUGGUUUGGAAAUUUCACUCAAUCAAGAAUAACUGAUUUUUGUAUCAUUCCAACAUCAAAAAAUAAAUUAAUUCAACCAUUAUUAUUUAAAAAAAAGAAGAAAUUUUUAAUAGUUAUUGGUACUUAUGUUAUUGGUAAAGAAAAAUUAGCUAUAUCAAUUCUGAAAAGAUUAAAUUGUUUAAUUUAUUUACUGAAUAUUGGUUCACGUAAAGAUAAAUUUGAAAUUUUUAAAACUUUUAAAAAUGAUUAUUUACAACUGAUAAUCACCAUAGAUAAAGAAUUUGGAAACACUACUACUACUAGUAAUAGUGGUGAUGAUUGUGUGAUUCAUUUAGUUCCAAUGACAAUAGUAGCUAAUAAUGAAGAAUUGAGUAAAUAUUUUAAUCAUAAUAAAUAUUAUCAAUUUUUCGAAAGAUGUAUUGGUAUUUGUCCCACUGGAUGGAGUUAUAACAAAAACAUCACCUCAACAACAACAACAACAACAACAAAACAAAAAUCAAAUAGCAAUUUUAGCAAUAGCAAUAAUAAUAGUAAUAGGGAUGAGUUUGUUUCUGAGUUGGAACAAACUAUCAAUAUGAUGGAAAAUCAACCAUCAUUUAAUUAUAUUGAUGAUAUCUUAUCACAAAUACCACUUACUACAAUAACUAAUAAUAACAACAACAACAAAAAGAAGAAGAAGAAGAAGGGGAAGGGGAAAAUAGACAUUGAUUUAUAUCGAUUAUAUUCAAUUCCAUAUAGUGAACAUUCAUCAUUUAGAGAAUUAGCUUAUUUUAUAAUUUUUUUCAAAUUUAAAAAAAUUAUACCAACGGUAAAUUAUGAAAUUGAAAGUAAAUUAAUUGAAAUGGAAAAAAUUAUUCAAAAUUGGGAAAAAAUUAGACAAAUAAUAUUAAGUAGUAAGAAUAAGCAUAAUAAUAAUAAUAAUAAUAAGGAGAAAGAUGUUGAUGUUGAUGUUGAUGUUGAUAUUGAUAUUGAUAUUCCUGAUUAUAUACCUGAUGAUUUAUUACAACGAAUACAACGAUUAUCAUUAAAUGAUUUUUAA